AUACAACGAUUAUAAAGUCGUUUUCAAGGAACUUCACCAGUAAAACCAUUCAAGAUGAGGGUGGAAGUGUGCAGUUUCUGUUCUCGUCCCGUAUAUCCUUCUAAAGGAAUCACAUUCGUCCGAAAUGACGCCAGAAGUUUUCGCUUCUGCCGAAGCAAGUGCGAGAAGAACUUCAAAAUGAAGCGUCAACCCAGAAAGGUGAAAUGGACAAAGACUCACCGUGCCCUCCGCGGCAAGGAAAUGAUUGUCGACUCUUCACUUCUUCUUUCACAAUUCGCUCAAAAACGCAAUGUCCCCGUCAAAUACGACCGCAACCUCGUCGCAGCAACCAUCAAGGCCAUGGAAAGAGUCGAAGAGAUCCGCCAGCGCCGAGAACGGGUGUUCACAAAGAAACGACUUGCUGGCAAAUUGGCUCGCGAACGUCAACGCGAGGAAGAUCGUCGGGUGGUGGCCCAGGGAGAGCAUCUUAUUCGCAAGGAGCUGCGGGAGAUGCAGGAACACAAUGUGCCUCUUACCACAUCGGCAGAAAAGGAGAAAGCUGUCGGUACGGUGUUUGGCGAGGAGAGACCGCGGCAGAAGAAGAAGGCCAAGAUGUUGGUGGAUGGCGGUAUGGAGGAGGAGAUGGAUGUGGAUUGAUAUACGACAAAAUAGAGUAUAUGAGCGGCGAUUUUAUCUUUACUGUCCAAUUACAUGACAACGGCAUGGCGUUAUGGGUAUUUACUUUACUUGAGACUUGAUGUUUGAUAUGCAAAAGCUUUGAAUCACAGUUUGUUUCUUUGAAUAUAGAUUGACAAUGGCCUUUGUUGACCUUCAGAUAGGGCUGAUUGUUUGAGGUUUGAGAUUAGCCACUGGAAUAUUACUGCUGUCGGAUCAGUAUCUACAGAAGGCUGAAAGGAUAUCUGCCGUGGUCUCACAGACUAUACAUCGUGCCCCAAAGGAGUAGUCGGCCCCUAAAACAGAAAGUGUCGACAAACAUGACAUCUUCACCCUUCCCAAUCCAGCACCGUUUCAUGAUCUCAUUGAAUGGCUUUUUUUUGUUCCCUGACAGGCAAUGAAAAAAGGCGCACAUGCCCUGCAGUUUUCGAGCUGACUCCGGGUCUUCUC